AGGAGGGACCGCCAUGCGGAAGUGCGAGACGGUGCUGGCCUUAUCGAAUCUGGGUGCGAUGUUGCGAUCGGCGUCGUCCUCGAGGACUACGAUGCACGUGGAGCCUCUCAAGCCCGUGAACAGGCUCCGCGUGCCGCCGCAGUCGCCGCUCGGGGGCUCCACCAGUCGCAUGUGCUCCCGCUGCAGCAGCCUGCUGUCGAUGGCGUCCUCGUCGAGGUACUCGCUCAACACCACCGGCGGCUUCGUGCAGUGCGGCACCACCCCGCCGGGCGAGACGCAAACGCUGCUGUGCAAGCUGUGCCUCGUCGAAGUGCCCGUCGUGUCUACCUGCGAAAUUCUGCAGUGCGGAUGCUGCUUCUGCAAAGACUGCAUGAAAAGCUACAUUGAGUUUGAAAUACAGGAAGGAGCUUAUGAUAUUUCCUGCCCUGAUGCACAGUGUGACAAGCAAGGUGUGAUCUCUAUGUCUGAAAUUGAAAAUCUAGUCAGUGUGGAGUUGGUGGAAAAACACAGAAAAUUCCGUCUUAACCGAGAAGUCGACCUGGAUGUGAACCGAACUUGGUGCCCUCGAGCAGGCUGUGAAACAGUGUGUUCUGUAUGCCCUACAGAACGAUGUCAACCUCAGAGUGUCCACUGCCCAACCUGCACAUCAGAUUUCUGUUCAAACUGUAAAAAUCCUUGGCAUCCUGGAUUAACAUGUGAAGAAAAUUCUCAGCGUUUGGCCAAAGAGGGAAUGCCAGAUAAUAUGGAGCCCGGAAUACCAUUUGACUCUGACCUCAUUAAGUGUUGUCCCAUGUGCAAUGUUCCUAUUGAAAAAGAUGAAGGCUGUGCACAAAUGAUGUGCAAGCGUUGUAAACAUGUUUUUUGUUGGUACUGCCUAGCAUCUCUUGAUGAUGACUUCCUACUGCGUCAUUACGACAAAGGCCCUUGCAAGAAUAAAUUGGGUCAUUCUCGGGCUUCUGUUAUAUGGCAUCGAACUCAAGUUAUUGGUAUCUUUGCGGGAUUUGGCAUUCUGCUGCUGGUGGCAUCUCCUCUACUCCUGCUGGCUGCCCCAUGCAUUGUGUGCUGCAAAUGCAGAAUUUGUAGUGGUGGCAGUAAAUUGGACAGUGAGGAUGAAAUGCCUGAAGAGUCAGCUUCUUGAAUAGACAUACUAUUAUAACAUAUUCCCGGAUGAGAGAAAUUAUUUUUGAAACAAAAUGUGUACACUUCUACUUAAAUGUUUACUAUUGACCUUUAAUAAUAUUUGCUAUAUUUAUAGAUUUUGACAAAUUCCCUGCCAUUUCACAUGUCAUAUAAGCUUUACCCAAAAAGGUUUUCUGUUAAUGAAUGGAAAAAAAAAUCGUUUUGAACAGUACAUUCUAUCAACUUGCCACCAUGAUUAAUUUUGUCUGUAGCAUUGAUCAAAAUUCACCUUUAAAAAAACUUUUUAAAAUCCUAAUCCUGGUAUGAACUCAUUCACAAACAAAUUGGUCCCAUUCAUAACAUCUCUUGAUUAGUGAAUGAAACAUUUUAAUAGAAAUUACAAAGUUGCUACCUCAUAAACUCAUUUGAGUAGAUAUGAAUUUUAUCGCCUUAGAAAUAAAAGACAAUUGAGAAAUUGAGGUUAAAUUAAAUUUAAGGGAGAGAAAAAGAGACACUUUCUUUAUGUUACAUAAUUAAAUAGAUUCAGGGAAAACCUAUUUUUUUACUAGCAAUUUUACAUUGAGUGGCACUUGGUGACAAUGAAGUAAAAUUUUUCCUCAAAAUUUUAAUGGAGUUGAAUAUUAAUACUGUAUUUGUGCUGGAUGUAAUGAACAUUGGAUUCCUGUUGUCGAGUGGCAGUAAUUCAGACCAAACAAGUAGGAUUCAUUAACAGCAAAAGAAACGAGUGAUUAGGGUGUAUGAAAUUUGUUUUGUAGAUUUUUGUUUCAAGGCUGAGGAAGAACAUCUGACAAAUUAUGAAAACAGAAAAUAAUUGCAUUUGGUUUCUCGUAUUGUGUACAUUUUGUUAGAAACUUUCUCUGAGAUGUAUGUUGAGUAAAAUUAAAAGUAUGUGUCUUAAUAUUGAAGAAUUUGAAGACAGGAGGUAUGAUGGCUGAAUUUAACUUCAUGCAAAUGCUAUGGAGAGUAAGAGGACACUUACUAAGAACUGCUGAUUAAUUUACUUUUGCAAUUCAGCAAACUGUGUUUGGUAUUGAGUUCAGUUUUUUGCUCAUAUUGCAGAAUUUGAUGGGUACCACAUGUUCCAUUUCAUUCACAAUUAUAUUUAUUUUGCAAUUGGAGAGAUUGAUCUCAAAAGAUUGCUGAGAGAUAAACUUACUUAAACCAUUGUACUUGGUACCUCAUAAUCCCUAAUACUUUUCAUUGUGAUCUCCGAGUUAACAUAUUUCUGAACUGUUAAACAAUUGCAUUUGUUGGCAGUUUCAAUGAAGAUAUCCUUUGAUCAGUAUGCACGAAUGUAUUUUGUAAAAAUUGACACAAUUAGUUUUUUUGUAAUUAAAUAUAAGUAAUGUAAUUUUGUUUCAUUAUGUUAAGUGAAUCUUUUCAUGGAUUUAUUCAGUGUAACAGUUCUAGGGUACGAUUAUUUUUGCUUUGUGAUAAUGAAAAUUCUGUAUUUGGAUAAACUUGAAUUAUUCAUUACUUGCAAGGCUGACCAUAAAUAUUUGAAAUAAAGAUGUUCAUUAAAAUCCAUGAAAUAGAUAAUCAGAAUUUAUGAUUACUUCAAUGGUUUGAUGUGAUGAUGGGUGCAAAGUGUUAACUUUUGCUUUAUAAUAUUAUAUUUUUUCAUUCUCAUUGUAUAUUUUUAAAUACAGUGUCAAUUAGAACCAUGCCAAUAAUAAUGCAUGUUUUAUUUCAACAUAACAUAAUUAAAUCUUAUUCAUUACAGAAAUUCAACAUAAAUAUUUCUCAUGUAUACACAAAUUGUCAAUUAAAAAGUUGGAUUUUCUCAUU